AUGUGCUUCAUUCAAAAGACUCCAGAAGGAGGUUUUUUGGAGAUGAUUUUAAUGGAUGAGAGGUUGUUCUUUACAAAAGGAACAAUUGUAAAAGAACAUGAGCUUCUUGAAAUUCCUGAACAUGUAUAUGACUUUACUACAUUUGAAGAAAUAUUGAGUGGACAAGCUUCAUCUGAUGUGUUAGUAGAUGUGAUUGGUCAGUUUGUUGACAUAGAGCAAGAACGCUAUGAUAAUCCAAAGAUGGUCAUUCAUAUGAAGGACCCACGGUUAUCAAAUUUUAUGGAGAAACAUGAAACUGGACCUAUCAUUAUAAUCCUAACACUAGCCAAGAUAAAGGACCCAAAAGGUGAAUGUCCUAUUAUUAUCCAAGGCUCUCAUGAUUCAAAGCUUCUCAUCAAUGAAAAUAUUGUAGAGAUCCAACAAUAUAGGAACAGAUUGGACUCAGUCCCUGUUUGUGAGUCAUUAAGUCAAGCCAUCUCUCAGAUUUCAUCAGUUUUUGAAGCUUCUACUAUAGACAAGUUUUUUGUGAAUACUCCAGUCAAGAGUGUGAUGGAAAUAAAUGAAUUUGAUCGGGAAUUGUUUUGUGUCACACUUGCAAAAAUAGAGAAAUUUUUUGUUGCAAAUGGGUGGAGCUACGAAGGAUGCUCUAGGUGCAAUGUUAAAGGUGAUCCCGAAACAACAUAUAUUUGCUCAGGUUGUGGGAAAAGUAACACAGGAACAGUUGCAAGGUUUAGAAUAGAGAUUCUAGUUUCUCAAGAAAAAGAGUGUGCAGAGUUUGUGUUAUGGGACAAAGAGUGUGUACAAUUGUUGAAUGUAACUGCUGCUGAGCUAAAAAAGCAAUUGAUAGAUGAUGGUGAGGUCGAUCCAUUGGCUUUUCCUGAAGCUAUAGAGUGUAUUUUGGGAAAGAUGUUAGCUUUCAAGAUAAAAGUGCAGCCAAGAUGUCGAAAAUCAUUUGUCAUCCAAAUAUCAGAUGAUGAACAAAUUAUCGAUUCCAUCAAGUUAAAAUUACCAUCUGAUGAGGUUUGA